CGUUGACCCGCGGCCGAGCCGGGAGGAGGAGGCAGGAGGAGACACUUACAUAGAAGAGUGACAGCAGCUGGACCAAAUGUUUCACUGCUGAACUGGUUCCUCAGGUAUCCUGUCUUGGGUGAUUGCUAUGGGAGAUUGGAUGACUGUUACAGAUCCAGGUCUGUCUUCAGAAAGCAAAAAUAUAUCUCAGUAUACCUCAGAAACAAAGAUGUCUCCAUCAAGUUUAUACUCACAGCAAGUGCUAUGUUCUUCAAUACCUUUAUCAAAAAAUGUGCACAGUUUUUUCAGUGCCUUCUGCACAGAAGAGAACAUUGAACAAAGUAUUUCAUAUCUUGAUCAGGAAUUGACUACUUUCGGUUUUCCUUCAUUAUAUGAAGAAUCCAAAGGUAAAGAGACAAAGAGAGAAUUAAAUAUAGUUGCUGUUUUAAAUUGUAUGAAUGAGCUACUUGUACUUCAGCGGAAGAACCUUCUAGCUCAGGAAAAUGUGGAAACGCAGAAUCUGAAACUGGGAAGUGAUAUGGACCAUCUACAGAACUGCUAUGCAAAACUUAAGGAACAACUGGAAACCUCCAGGAGAGAAAUGAUUGGCCUUCAGGAAAGAGACAGACAGUUACAGUGCAAGAACAGGAAUUUGCAUCAGUUACUGAAAAAUGAGAAAGAUGAGGUACAGAAAUUACAAAAUAUCAUUGCAAGUCGAGCUACUCAAUAUAAUCAUGAUAUGAAGAGAAAAGAACGUGAAUAUAAUAAACUAAAGGAACGACUACAUCAACUUGUUAUGAACAAGAAGGAUAAAAAAAUAGCCAUGGAAAUUUUAAAUUAUGUGGGGAGAGCUGAUGGAAAAAGAGGCUCUUGGAGGACUGGUAAAAGUGAAGCCAGGAAUGAAGAUGAAAUGUAUAAAAUUCUCUUGAAUGAUUAUGAAUAUCGUCAGAAACAAAUCCUGAUGGAAAAUGCUGAACUUAAGAAGGUUCUUCAGCAAAUGAAAAAGGAAAUGAUUUCUCUUCUUUCUCCCCAAAAGCAGAAACCUAGAGAAAGAGCAGAUGAUAGUACAGGAACUAUUAUCUCUGAUGUUGAAGAAGAUACUGGAGAACUGAGCAGAGAGAGUAUGUGGGACCUUUCCUGUGAAACUGUGAGAGAGCAGCUUACAAACAGCAUCAGAAAACAGUGGAGAAUUUUGAAAAGUCAUGUAGAAAAACUUGAUAACCAAGUUUCAAAGGUACACAUAGAAGGUUUUAAUGAUGAAGAUGUAAUCUCACGACAAGACCAUGAACAGGAAACUGAAAAACUUGAAUUAGAAAUUCAGCAGUGUAAAGAAAUGAUUAAAACUCAGCAGCAACUUUUACAGGUAAAUCAGCAGCUUGCUACUGCAUGUGAUGAUGAUACCACUUCACUACUACGAGACUGUUAUUUGUUGGAAGAAAAGGAACGUCUCAAAGAAGAGUGGUCCCUAUUUAAAGAGCAAAAAAAGAAUUUUGAGAAAGAAAGACGAAGCUUUACGGAAGCUGCCAUUCGCCUAGGAUUGGAGAGAAAGGCAUUUGAAGAAGAAAGAGCCAGUUGGUUGAAGCAACAGUUUUUAAACAUGACUUCCUUUGACCACCAGAACUCAGAAAAUGUGAGAUUUUUCAGUGCCUUCUCAGGAAGUUCUGAUCGGGACAAUCUUACAGUGCACUCGAGGCCACGACAAAAGAAGCCCCACAGUGUGUCUAACGGGUCUCCAGUUUGCACCUCUAAACUUACUAAAUCUCUUCCUGCUUCUCCUUCAACUUCAGACUUUUGCCAGACACGUUCCUGUGUAUCUGAACAUAGUUCAAUCAGUGUGCUGAAUAUAACUCCUGAAGAGACUAAACCAAAUCAGGUUGGAAGAGAAUGUGCAAAUCAGAAAUGGAGUGUGGCAUCAAGACCUGGAUCACAGGAAGGUUGCUAUAGCGGAUGCUCCUUGACCUACACAAAUGCUCAUGUAGAAAAAGAUGACUUACCUUAGAUGUGUGGACUAGAAUUUUUUUCAUUAACAUGUUCAUCAGAUUUCACAUCUGAAUUGAAACAGGGUGUGUCAUAAAGUCAAUCAUUUCUAAUCUUUAAGAUGGUCUGAGUUGUUUGUUUGGACUUCCUAUUCCUCCCCCAAAGAGCUAAAAUGUUAAAUCUAUUUAAAAGUAUAUAAAAGCUUUGGAUACGUAUUUUUAGUAACAGAAGCAUCUGGUUCUGUGAAUAAAGGAAUGUAUCAAUGUUUGGAUGGAAACAAAAGCACUAGAAGGAGUUUCCUCGUAUAGGUAUUAAAAAUAGCACUUUUAGGAAACUGAUUAUUGUAAAUGUUUUAAUUUUGUCCCUUAUCUAGUCAGCAUUGAAAGUUUAGCCUUUACUUGAAUGUAUACUGUAGAUUUUUAACAAAGCAAGUUCUAUAUUUAUUAUGUUUAGUGUGAUUUGAAAUUUCCUCUUUCAUAUGUUUUAAAUAAAGUGAAAUUUAUGUAUGUUUUGUACAUAGAUAUACAUGAUUAUGUUAAGAGGCUUUAAGAUUUAAAAAUUUUACACAUCCAUAAUUAUAGUAUUUCAUGCCAAUAAAAUUUUUAUUAGUGGUAUUCUGUUUACAGAUGUAUUAGAGCCAUUGCCACAUUACGUUUAAGAGUUUAUUGAACCCAUCUGAGCAAUAAAUACUCAAAAGCUA